AUGUUUUGGUGGACUCCAGCGACUGAAAAAACAUUUACCGAAAAAGCACAGUGCUUCAACGAGCAGUAUGCCAACUACACGAUCAAGGGGCCCGAUGGCACGGAUUUACAUCUCGAUGGACCCAAGACGCUUGGUGAGAACAUUGCCGAUAACGGAGGUGUCAAGUACGCUUUCCGCGCCUGGCAGAGCCGUCUCAAGGCUGAUCCCACUGGCAAGAAGUACAAGAACUUUAAACUCCCUGGACUCGAAAAGUACACCCCCGAACAACUGUUCUUCAUCUCCCACGGAAAGGUCUGGUGCAGCAAGGAGACGCCCGAAUACUCCGCGACACUCAUUAACGUCGAUAACCAUUCCCUCAACAAGUUCCGUGUCCUGGGUUCUCUCCAGAACUCGGUCGAGUUUGCAGAGGCUUUCAAGUGUGCGCCCAGGACGCGGAUGAACCCCGAGAAGAAGUGCUCUCUGUGGUAG